GAAUCACCGGCCGAGUCCGUGCUUCGCCGGGCUCCGAAUUCCGCCGGCAUCCCGGAUUGACUUUUAAUGGUCAACCUCUCGCCAGCUCACAAGAAAGCCUCAUUUGACAACUCCACAGCACAGAAAAACAUAGUGCAAAUAUGUCAGGCACGGGAAACCACGCGAUUGUCUUCGGUGGGACGGGAUUACUGGGGUGGUCAGUCGCUGACCAACUCCUAUCCAAUUAUCCCGAACAUGGGUCGUUUUCCACAGUCACGGCCGUUAUGAACCGCCCCGUUGCAGAAUCGGAACUGCACUUACAGGAUGCUUUGCCUGAACGACCCCGGCUUCAGAUUGCCUCAGGGAUUAACUUGGCGAGUGGAACGGCAGACGAUUUGGCACGAGAUCUAAAGGAGAAAGUCGCCGGGAUAGAGGCCAUUACCCAUGUGUUCUACUUUGUGUUCAACGAAUUUGGCGAGGACCAUCUUCGCGAAUGCGAGAUAAAUUGUGGGAUGAUGCAGAGAGUUGCCGAUGCAUUCAACAUAUUGGCCCCGAAACUCCAGUCGUUUGUUUACUCUGGCGGGACACGGGGAUACGGCAUCUACGUCCCAGGCGGCACCUUCCAGGCUCCCCUGGAAGAGUCCAUGGCCGAACACCUGCCCGAGGACUAUGCCAAGACUGUCGCGUACCCGUGGUUCAGAAAGAUUCUCACCACAGCAAGCGCCGGGCGAGGGUGGACAUGGACUGAAGUCUGUCCAGAUGCCGUCGUCGGAUUCACCCCCAACGGCUCCAACUUCUCCCUUGCGCUCCACUGGGCGCAGUACCUCUCCUUGUACAGCUACAACCAUGGGAUUCGAGGGUCAUCCGGUACGCCCGAUGGGGAAGUAGAAGUACCGUUUCCUGGAAAUGAGGGUGGCUUUAACUCACUUGCCACGUCCGUGUCUUCUCACACACUUGGACGUAUCGCGAUAUUCGCUGCACUAAACUCGGAGAAAUGCGGCGGGAAGAUACUUAACAUGGCAGACAACGCACGACCCUCCAGCUACCGCGAGUUGUGGCCUGCCAUCACCUCUUGGUUCGGCUUGGUUGGCGUUGGCCCGUCCGGUGACGACGAUGCGUUGAAACCGAGCGAGUAUAUCGAGACGCAUAGGCACAUCUUCGAAGAGACUGGUCGGCCAAAGGGAUUGACAUGCGGAGUACGUGCUGGAAGCAAGCAGUUGGAUAGCGUGGGCUGGUGGCUAUGCUUUGACCGACACCUGAGUUUGGAGAGGCUAAGAGGUUUGGGGUUCCUGGAAGAGAGAGACCCGGCGGAGGGUUGGCUAGAAGCCUUUGAUAAGUUCAAGGCAGCCGGCAUAAUUUAGGCAUGCCCAGACACCUGGGGACCUCUCCGGGCGGCCGUAAAUACUUAUCUCGACGUCUGGACUCUGGCGCAACAAAAUCGUCGUGCCCCGUGACCGGGAUUAGCAAAGGGUACGUGCAAUAUCGAAAUCCCCCGGUCCGGCCGCCGAAUAUAAAUCAGCUCUAUAUCA